AUGGCGACACCCCAUACCCAUAGCAUCGAGCACGAAGAUCCCCUCACCCUGAACGAGUACGGCCUCCCCGAGCUCCGCAAUUCCUUGCACGCCGCAGCCCAGUCGCCCUCGCAGAUCCUCGCCUCCUUCGCCGACUACUCCGCCAUGACCUUCUCCCACAACCAAGCCUUCAAUACAGCUCCCUUCGAUUCCUCCUCCGCACCAGUCCCGGGCGCCAGCCCAGCCCUGAAGACGGCUUUCCAGUCCCAACGGCAUAGGGAUAGCAUUGGCAAUGCUAGCGAGGCGAAUAUGAGCGGCGAGAGUGCGCAUCCGAGUCGUCUGAGUGUCGGAAGCGCGAGCUAUGGCGCCGACGAGAAUAACCCAAGUCCGGAUAGUGCGCCUGCGCUGGGAAUGCUGGCGAUUGGGGACACGCUCGAUACGUCGGGAAUGGGCAUGAAGCUGGACGACACGGGGAGCGGGAAUGGCAAUGAGGACUCUACAACUUCGGGGAAAGAUAAAGAUGGCGCCCAGGAUCCACCGCCGUGGUCCGAGAUGAAGACGAAGGCGGGGAAGGAGAGGAAGAGGCUUCCGCUGGCGUGUAUCGCUUGUCGGAGGAAGAAGAUCAGAUGCUCGGGCGAGAAGCCGGCGUGUAAGCACUGCUUGAGGAGUCGGAUUCCGUGCGUGUACAAGGUCACGACGAGGAAGGCGGCGCCCAGGACGGACUACAUGGCCAUGCUGGACAAGAGGUUGAAGCGCAUGGAGGACCGUGUGAUCAAGAUCAUACCAAAGGAGAGCUUGCCUUCCAUCUCUGGGGUCGGGAGAUCGGUCGUCAAACCUGCGCUGCCUAGCGCGCCUCCGAAGACUCCGCUUACGAAGAAGAGAGGCGCCGACGAUGCGUUUGGGAAUGAGCUGGAUGACUGGGCGAAGUCCAAAUCGGCGAAUCCCACUGCGUCGAAUGCGGCGUUGCACACCAAGGAUGCGGAUGAUAGGAGCUUGAUGACGGAGGGCGCGGAGAGCUUGCCCUCGAGAGAGAUCCAGGAACAUCUCGCGGAGGUGUACUUCGACUUCGUGUACGGGCAGAGCUAUCCCCUAUUGCACAAACCCAACUUCAUGAGGAAGCUGGCAAGGGGAGAUCUGCCUCCAGUUCUCAUUCUAGCCAUCUGCGCCAUCUCAGCCCGCUUCUCCACACACCCUCAACUCCGCACCGAACCCGCCUUCCUACGAGGAGAGAACUGGGCCGAACGCGCCCGUCAGAUCGCCCUCAAACGCUACGACACCCCCAACAUCACCAUCCUCAUCGUCUACCUCCUCCUCGGUCUCCACGAAUUCGGCACCUGCCAGGGCGGUCGCAGCUGGAUGUUCGGCGGCAUGGCGCAACGAAUGGCGUACGCGCUGCAACUGCACAAGGAACUGGAAUACGACCCUGCAGCCCCCGAGGCCGACCGCAAACCACUGAGUGUCACGGAUCGCGAGAUAAGGAGGCGGACAAUGUGGUCCUGCUUUCUCAUGGAUCGGUUUAACUCGUCUGGAACGGACCGCCCGCUGUUUGUCAAUGAGCAGUAUAUCGAGGUGCAGCUUCCUGUGAAGGAGAAUCUGUAUAUCAAGGAGAUCCAAGCGCCGACGGAGACGCUGGACGGUUCCGUGCCGAACCCUGUACCACCGGAUAGCGGGCUGCCUUCGAAUCCGAAAGAGAACAUGGGAGUGUCGGCAUAUACGAUCCGGUUGAUAUGUAUAUGGGGAAAGACUGUAAAGUACAUGAACCUGGGUGGAAAAGAGAGGGAGAAGGAACACAUGUGGUCGCCAAAGUCAACCUUCCUGGCGAUAAAAAGAGAAUUGCGCGAAUUCAAGGAAUCGCUUCCGGAAAUGCUGCUGUAUAACUCGCAGAAUUUGAAGAGUCAUGCGGUGGGCAAGACGGCAAACCAUUUCCUAUACCUGCACAUAUUGUAUCAGCAGAUCAUACUAUUCAUGCAUCGAUUUGCCUUCCCAACAAGAGCGGAUAGUCGACCUCCCAAAGACGUCCCCAGAGACUUCCUCACCGAAUCAGCACGCACAGCGCUCGACGCCGCGAACCAGAUCUCCAUCCUCAUCAACGAGGCCAUGGACUACAACGUCGUGGCUCCCUUCGCCGGCUACUCUGCCUUCUUCUCCUCCACCGUCCACGUCCACGGCGUCUUCUCCAAGAACCCGAAGCUGGAAGCGCAGUCUAAGAAAUAUCUGGCCUACAACGUCAAGUACCUCAGCAAAAUAAAGAAGUACUGGGGCAUGUUCCACUACAUCGCGGAGAACCUCAAGGAGCUGUAUCGCCAGCAUGCUGAUGCGCAGCUCCGUGGUCCGCUUCUUGCUGCGAGUGGCACAGGCGAGAAGGGAGCCAACAAAGAUAAAGCGAAUAUCUUCCAGUACGGAGACUGGUUUGACAGAUACCCGCACGGCGUCUCAAAGACGGACUACGAGGAUGCCGCGGGGACCCCGACUGAACCUGGCACAGAUGCAGUACUUGGCCAAAAGAGCGACCUCCAAAGCGUAGAGGAAUUCUUCGCCUCGCUCUCGCCGCCUUCGAAGGCAGAGCAGCAGCGCAAACAGGCGAGGAAGAAUAAAUCCAAAUCCGUGUCAAAGUCGGACGCCCCCUCUUCCAGCACACAGCAACAAGCACAAGCCAGACAGCUGCAUGCAGCGCAGUUGCAGCAACAGCAGCAGCAGCAACAGAUGGGCCACGGACCCCUCCACAUCGCCACCCAAGACGCCCUCGACGCCGCCGCCUUCGAACAAGCCUACUUCUCGCAAACACCAACCCAGCAGCAAUUCCUCGCCGAACUCCAACAUGCCCACGCGCAGCAACAGCAGCAACAACAACAUGCUCGCCAUCCCUCGCUCUCCUUGCUUUCCACGUCUCCAACCUCCCUCCUCGCCCACAACCACCCGCACCACCCUCAUCACCAACCCCAUCCCCACGCCGCCCACCUCGACGUCCUCUCCCCCUUCCCGGACCUCUCCCCGCAUCCCUCCCACCCAUCCCACCACACGCACCACCCCACGCACCCUUCCUUCUGGAACCUCGACCCCCUCACCCUCGGCGCCGCCACCCCGGGAACCCACCUGUACGACGCCGGAAACGCGUGGUUCCUGCCCUUCAACAUGGAGCCGCCUAUUCUGGGCGAUGACGGCGCAUUUGCGACAACGGGGGUCGGGGCAGGGAUCGAGGCGUUUAACUUUGGGCUUGGAGGGGGCGCGGGCGUGGAUCUGGAUGUGUUGGAUUGCUUGCCUUGUAUGUAUCAGGAGAGAGCUACGUGUGCAGGUAGUUACUCGGUUUACUCACUGGCUGCGAGUUUGGUGAAACUGUCUGCGUCGCUCUGUAGCAUUUAUUCUCCGCGAAUCAAGGAUGUUGGAGAUUUUCCUGAAUAA